GAGGUGAGCCAACUGGAGAGUCCCGAUGUCACGGCGCGGAAGUCUUCAAUCAUACAUACAGCCGAGCCGAACCGAAGCAUCGAUAAGCAUCGGCGAACUGCAAAGACCUUCAAGACUUCAUCCUUCCGGUAUGGUCGGUAGUAUCUGCCGAAAGCCAGCCCUUUGCAUCUUGUUUCAAGUCCGAAACUUGGCCGAGGGAUUACCUAACAUCCGCCGAUGUCGGGUUCAGUAGUAAUGACAUUUUCUAGAAGUCUGCCUUUGCCGUGAAGAAAUAUGGGUCCUAGAGAUUCAUUGUGGCUCGAGACGAGUAUCGGUGAGGCGACGUUGAGCUCCGGGCAAUGGAUCAACGCCCUAUAAAGCCCACUCAGUCGCCCUCGACACCCGGCUUGACGUGGCGACGUCACUGACAUUUUUCUACGCUACCACUAUCUACUCGUGUAUAGAGCCGCCAACUCCAUCAUGCCUAUGGUAACCGCAGCCACAAGCCUGCGACAGGCUCUCGCAAACCCGGAAGCGUUCAUUGUUGCUCCCGGCGUGUACGAUGGUUUCUCCGCGCGCAUUGCCCUUGGAGCCGGUUUCAACGCCCUCUACAUGACGGGUGCCGGUACGGCCGCCUCCGUUCAUGGCCAUGCGGAUCUGGGUAUCUGCACCCUCAACGACAUGCGCGCCAAUGCCGAGAUGAUUUCCAAUCUGUCCCCCACCACGCCCGUCAUUGCCGAUGCAGACACUGGGUACGGCGGCCCGAUCAUGGUCGCCCGCACGACAGAACAAUACUCGCGAUCCGGAGUUGCUGCAUUCCACAUCGAGGAUCAGGUUCAGACAAAACGCUGCGGACAUCUGGGAGGCAAGAUCCUUGUGGACCAGGACACCUAUGUGACGCGGAUCCGCGCCGCGGUACAAGCCCGUCAGCGGAUCAGCAGCGAUAUCGUGGUGAUCGCGCGGACAGAUGCUCUGCAGGUUCGCGGCUAUGAAGAGAGUAUAGCGCGACUGCGGGCGGCGCGCGACGCUGGAGCAGAUGUCGGCUUCCUCGAGGGAAUCACCUCCAAGGAAAUGGCUCGACAGGUUGUGCAGGACCUGGCCGGAUGGCCGUUGCUGCUGAACAUGGUCGAGCAUGGAGCGACGCCGGACAUUACGGCGCAGGAGGCCAAGGAGAUGGGAUUCCGCAUCAUCAUCUUCCCAUUCGCAGCGAUUGGUCCUGCUUACAAGGCCAUGCAGGAGGCGAUGGAAAAACUCAAGAGGGAUGGAAUUCCAGGAUUGAGCGAAGAGAUGACACCACAAAUGCUGUUCCGUGUCUGCGGGUUGGACGAGAGUAUGAAGGUCGACGCCGAGGCGGGAGGCGCUGCAUUCGAGGGAGGGGUUGAGCUGCAAAAGUAA